AUGGAGGAGACUCAGCAUCUGCAGCUCCUUUACAAAAACCUGAUAGGUACACUCAUGUACAUAGCAGUGGCGACACGACCCGAUAUUAUGUUCGCCAUAAGCUACUUAUCACAAUUUAAUGAUUGCUAUAACGAAGAGCAUUUUAAAUGCGCUAAAAGAGUACUUCGUUAUUUAAAAGAAACAAAGAGUGUGGGCCUGACAUUUAAGAAAACCGACAACGAUUUGCAUAGAAUCGCCGACGCAGACUGGGGCUCAUGUAAGCUCGACCAAAAGUCGUUUUCAGGCUACUGUUACAAGUAUGCUGGUACAUGCGUAAGCUGGAUGUCGAAGAAACAAAAGAGCAUUGCCUUGUCAACAGCAGAGAGCGAGUACAUUGCAUUGACUGAAGCCGCGAAGGAAGCCAUCCACUUGAAGAACCUUUACAAGGACCUAGGGGCUAACUACGAGCGCAUAGUCAUCCUAAAUGACAAUCAAGCUGCCCUAAAGCUAAGCCAAAAUUCAAUGGUAACUUCAAAGUCGAAGCACAUUGAUUUGAAGAUGCACUUCAUCAGGGACUGCAUCCAAGAAGGAGCAAUAGAGGUGAAGUAUCUGCAAACCGAGGAUAUGGAAGCAGACCAUCUCACUAAGGCUUUGCCUGGCCCAAGGCUGAUGAAACUGAGGAUCAGCCUGGGGCUCCACUAA